UACGGCGAGAGUGUUAGAACCGCGUAUGCGUUAUACUAGUGCGCGGGCCAGAUAACGACGGCAGCGGUCGAUCAUCAUUAUAUUAUUAGUAUACGUCAGUGCUGCGAUCAACAGGAAAUAACAAUUAUUAUAAUAAAAUAUCAUCAGUCAUCACUAUUACUAUUAUUAUUAUUAUUUGUAUUUGUAUUAUUAUUAUUAUUAUUACAAACUAAAACCGCGUGAUAACGCCGUGUGCAGUAUAAAAUAUUGUUCACGGCAUAUUAUAUAUAUUAUAGCGGUUAGAUAGCCGUCAGUCGCAGUGCUUUAAUCGUAUUAUAUAUGUGUGUGUGGUCAUAAACGCGUAAACGCCAAACCGCCACAGACGUUAUUUACCAAAAUCCCACACCAUAAAAUAUUAUAAUGCACUAAGAUAUUAUAAUUAUUAUUUGUAUUGUCAUCGUCGUCGUCAAGUACACUAGAGCCAAAGAAAACGAGAAAACACGAGAUCCUGAGGAAGUUUUUAUGGAUGGAAUAAAUCCAGACCACAGACAACGUCUGGGAUAACUGCGCCACAGAACACUAUUUAGUACAAAUAAACAAUUAUUCGCAACGGCACUUGAAAAAAAUUCAACUGUAAAUAUGGAAAAUUGCAAAAACGGAUACGAAAAUACCGCAUGUAACCCAAAUGACGAAUUUGGUGGAGUUCAAAUAUCGUCGAUAGAAAUGGAUCGUGUGACCGAUGAUGGGAUGAAUACAGUUGUCGUGACCGGAUGCUGUGGUAGCGGACUGAACGGCAAUACCAAUCAUCUGUCUGGCGAUAAGUCUCCCGAAAACGGCUCGCCGGACGUAUGCCAGCCCAAAUGUCCAGCAGUUAGAUCGUCACCCUGGGAUCCACUGAAAACGCGGAUCAUUGCCAUCUUGACUAUAGCCAUGGUCGCGUGGCUAAUGAUUGGCGUUUUCGUAAAAAAUCUAUAAAAAAAACGUGGAAAAAUACCAGUUAUAAAAAUUCUCAUUGAAUAACGUUACAUUUUAAAUGAUGACACGUCCAAGUGUCUUUCACCCGUAUAUGAAUAACUACUUUAAUUUUUAUUUCUUGUAUAGAUCAAUGUAACUUGAUGAUUAUAUAUAUAUAUAUUGUCAACCAGUGCCAACAAAUAUUUUUGACUUUUCCAAAAUUGUACUGGUUUUAUUUCAUACGAUUUUUUGGUCACAAUACAUUCCUCUAUAAAUACAAUAUUAUGUUUCAUUGAUCUUUUGAUCACUUUUUGUGCCAUAAUCAUACAAUUAUCGCAUUUAUAAUAAUAUGAC